CUAAAGAUUUGUCGGACGACGGUAGACGACAACAUCAACGGCAACGGCGUGUGUGAAUUAAUUUUGAUUUUAAACAAAGUGUAUUUAUUUUUAUUUGCUAUCUGCCAUCACUUUCUCUCAUGUGUUGGAAUAUACCAGAAUGAACAAUAAAUAAGAAUGAAUGAGAACAACAUUAGUGACCAGUAUGGAUGGUGAAAACGUGCAUAUGAAUGACGAUAAAAGAUAAUCGAGAAGUACAAAACAAUCUAACUAAAGCGGAAAAGCGCUCGGAUACUACAAGGUGAAAUGGCAACUCUCUUCCUGUUAUCUGCUUAGAAAAGGCAAAUCAUUCUGCUUUACCGCCGCGGACAUUCCUAUUCAAAAUACUUAAAACGUACACCCAUCACAAUAAUAACGAUAUACCAUAUACCUUACGAAAGCCAUAACAAAACAGUGAAUGAACGCGAGCGCCAGAGGCAGCUUAAUGUUUUAAUAAUGUUGACAGAGAGUGGACGAAAAAUAAGAGCGGCAUUGUUUUGAGCUCCAUUCGAAUAUAUGAAAUAAAUGCAGAAACAAGUCACAACAGAGCGGCGACAAAGGCAGAGAGCCAAAUAGCAUAAAAAGGCGAUAGCCACCAAAGCACUGAUGCCCCCCAUGAACAACCUACCAUACAUGUUCUCACAUAGCCCCAUGCCCAAAAACAAUAAUGAGGGCAAUAAUCAUACCGACUACUACCACCACAGCGAUGAGCAUUACUGUGAGAGCACGAUGAGCUGCUAACAUUGCUGGGACACAUUUUGCUGUCUAUGCCAUACUCGAAGCGUUUGAAAUUGGCGUUACGUUACCCAGUGUCAGUCUUUGUUCAGCACAGUGACGGCCGGUAUGACGGUAUACGACGUUUAAGGGUUAAAAUUUUAAAAUAAAUUUAUUUGAGCAACACCCCUUUGCGGCCGGCGAGAUCUGUGAGUAUGUGGUGGCCUGGCACAAAGUCGACAUCGCUGCCUCCGUCAUAAUCGUAGCACGUUUUCCUUUACUCUGCGAAUCACUCAUACUACAGAAUUUUGUAAAAGUCAUACAAUAUCUGUACAUACCUAGCUAUGUACGGAUAACAGAAUAAGCAACCUAUACGACAUGGUGCUGUAAAAACGCAACAAAACAUCUUGUAAAAUCUACGAAUUUUGCGUGUAUUUUCUAUUCGAUACAGUGUGUGGACUCGCCUACCCAAAUAUCAAAUUGUGAGCACCGAUAGACACACAGGAGGACAGACAAACGUCUUACUUCGUAAGCGAGUGUUGCUAUCGUUAACUUGCCUGCUGCCCUGACUGCUUGUUUGCCUGCCUGCCUGUUACGCGCAAUCACGACGAAGGAAGAGGAAGCCGACGGUAAAAAAGAGGAGUAGAUCUGGAGGUAGAAGAAAACUCGUAUAUGAGUGAGCAAGUGAGUGUGAAAUGAGAAAUCAAAAUCCUCAAAACUGUCGCUGCCUGCCAAUUGCUAACUGCUUCCUUUAGUAAAUCCAGACAAAUUCACAUUUAGUUUGAGAUCGGUGUGGUUCGGUGCGUGACGACGUUAGUUCAAAAGUGACUUGAAAUAAUUUUUCGUUUCGAUUUCGAUUGAUUCAGUGUUCAGUGGUUAACAAGAAAAAAAAAGCACUGCAAAAUUAUUAGAGAAAACUUGUACCCAUACUAGAUGUGCAGUAUAGCAGGUCGACAGUGGCUAGCAGGUAAACGGCUAAAGUAAUAAAAACGUGCAGGAAAGUAACUAUUUGGGAAACGUAAGAAAAGCGAACAACAUCCAUUAUGUACAUACAUACAUGUGACACGGACCUCAGCAGUAUAAACUACAUGCUAUUGUAGCAAUACUGAUAGACGAUUUUUACUGAAAUUGAAGGAAAUAAAACUCUUCCGAAGAAUUUCAAUUCCACUAUCUGGAGCGGUAGGAGUAUGCAUAUGUAUAUACAUAAGUUGCAGCUGUGACACUGAGCGCUAAAAUAUUAAAUGACAAUCUAGAGAUAGAAAUGCAAAGCAUAGGCAGGUUUGGCUAGCUCGCAGCCUAUACAAAAUUAGAAGAAAAGCUAGAUAACAUAGAUACAUGUGCAUGAAUAUUUACAAAAGCGAGAAUAUAAAAAGUUAUCUGUACACAGCUAGUAAAAAGGAAUGUAAUAAAAUACGACAACCACCACAGAAAUUUUAAAGAAAUUAAAAAGGAAACAUUAACGCAGCACAAAGUUGUAAGGCAAACAAUAACUAAAGUGCCAAGCAAACGGAAAGAAAACUAAGAAAAUUAAAGUGAAAAUCCGCCUAAAACACGCUGCUCGCCUGCCUGACUGCUUACCUAUUUGUCUGCUACUUGCACGCCUGGCCGCGGUCGGACGACCAACAGACGCAUCAGUCUAGUGGAAAUAGCGAUAGCAGCUAGGCAUAGCCACAUACAUGCACAACUGACGCGCGUCGGAAUGUCGAGGCAAAGCAAUUUUCGUAAAGAGAAGAGUGUCGAAAGAAAAUUCAUAAUUUUUAAUAUUUAAAAGAAAACCAAACCGAACCGAACCCAGUCACAGAGAAAAGCAAAGAAAAUUGAGCGAAAAUAGAUAGAGCAGCAGUAGUGGAUAGAAAUAUCUGCACAAGAAAGUGCAAUUGAAUAUUGAAUAAGCAAAGCGUGUACUCAAACCAAACGCUAGACCAAGGCGACCAAGGCGGGGCAAAGGAAACAAAAACACAAUCAGAUAUACAAGCAUACAUGUGUAGUUAAUUCAAAAAGUAAAAUCGAAAUAAUGCGACGUAUGGGGUAUUUGUGUUUGUAUUAGUGUUUGUAUGUACAUGUGUAUGUAUGUACGUGUUGCGUAUACGCAUAAAACAUGCAAAGUGUUGUUACAAUAUAAGUUAAUUAAUUACCAAGCAAUAAGACAAUAUAUGACGAGAGUGAGAGAAACGAUCUGUGUAAGGCAAGUCUAAAAUCGUAUGAAACCCUUAAGGGUCUAUAAUUAAAAAAAAAAGUCUACGAGCUUCCUAAAAAAGGAAGAUCCAGAAAUUAUGUGCCAUUUUUGUAAACCAAUUUAACCAGUCAAACAAAAAAUAAAAUAAGAACAAAAACACACUCAUAAUCGAAUAAUGUAAUUAGAAAUUAAGUAAUUUAAAGAAAUAAAGCAAACAAAUUUACAUAAAGCAAAUACAAGAAGAAUAGUGAAAUAUUGAUUUCCUACAAUGAAAAGAAGCUUUAAAAUUUCAAUAACUAAAAUAGAAACAACUACCACGCUUAGUUGUUGAAAUCGUCAAGGUCGGUGGAAUUAUUAACAGUAUUAUUAACACGUUAACACACAACCUUCCUUCUUCCGCCGCGAAAGCGCAUAAACGUUCAAUUCCCCAAACACUCGUGUCCCCCACAACGUCAACAAUACAAUACUAAGCCAACUGUAAACUAACUAAACAACUGAGUACCACACAGCGUGCAAACACGUCACAUCAACUCACGAGACUAGCAACGCGCGAAGGGUUGCAAAGCGAGCAGGAGAGCAAAUCCGUGUAGUAUCGACGCACACGUAAAGUGUCUUCGUUUGAAAUAAGAAAAGAUGUCUUGCAUAUCCAAUAAUUUUAGUUCUUUCUUCCUUAAUUCCCUCAACGAUUCAUCCGAGUUUGCGAAGUAUUUAAGCAAUGGCGAACUCAAGUUUUCGUCCUUCGAGGAUUUUCAAGUAUUUGGCUCGAGUGCGGGUUCAAGCACGCCACCGCUGCCACCACCAUCAGCUCAGCAGGCGUCAGCGUCACAGCAACAACAGUAUUACAAUGGUGUUAGUAACAGCGUCAACAACAAUAACGUAAGUGCUGGCGCCAACACGACGGGGGUGCAAAGUGGCGGAGAACUAUUUAACGGUGCGAGCCAAACGACUGCCGUCGGUAAUUGUGCCCAAAAUUCAUCUGAAGCGUCAAAUGCGUCAGCGAUAACGCCUGCGACCGCUCCUAAUUUGGCACAGCCAGGCAUCCAACAGCUGCAACAUGGCUCCCAUUUGCAUGUAACACAUCACACGCAUCCUUCUCAUGUGCCACAUUCGCAUCCACAUGCUCAACAUCCUUAUGGCGGUCAUGCGCCUCACCCAACCGGCAGCCUCGCUACCAAUGCCUUUCAUCAGAAUCACCUCGCUACACCACACCUUCCACACGGGCUGUCGACACCUGCGACGCAAAGCUAUCCCACUACUCCACAACGUUGGUCUAGUGCCGUAACUGCAAAUCCAAUGGUCACCGCGUCACCCGGCACACCACACACACUACCGCAGUUGCAUAGCAAUAAUCAGCCAGGUACGCCUAUCGCCGCUAGCCCAGGAGCAGCACAACACUUUGAUGGUUCCUUUGAAUUCCUAAAGUACCUGCGUCACUCUAACGAUUACAACAGCGAAGGUCAAAGUGACGCCGGUAGCCAUGCAACAGUGCAAGCUGGUCAAUCACAAUCAUCGGCGUCCAGUUUGAUCGACUUGGAUAGCAGUACGACACACAAAUCACGCUCUUCACGUAAAGCAGCCGCUUUGUUGUCCUCCGUGUCGCGCGCUUCCAAUAGUCUCGAUGCCACUACAUUGGAUGUAUUCGAUCAUGAUUCAAAGCACACCAUCUUCGAUAUGCACCAUAUUACGGCCACUAAUAGCUCCAACUCGAAUGAGUCUUCUCUAGAGGUAUCGAAUUUGCCCUUCCCCAACUCGCACCUAAAUGCCUCCAACUCGAAUACUUCUUCUGAAGGCGCUGCUACAGGCAGUUCUGACUUUACAAUGCUGCAGUCAGGUUCUGCGGCUAGUGCACCCAAGCCCCUGGCUGCCUUUACCAUCAAAGACAACUUCGAUGUGCAUCCAUCGCACAAAGUAGAGGAAGGUAUCUUUCAGCACAUGAAUAAAUUGCCAGCGAAGAAAAAGGAGAAUUUAAAGCAACUGGGAGUACGUUUUACCGGGCAAAUGACGCUGGCAGACAAAUCAAUAGUCGUCGAAAACUUUAUCAAGUUUUGUCAGGAAUAUGACAUUCAGGACCAUCGGCCAUUUCUUUCACUCAAUCAAAGUGGCUUAAACAAGGCAGACCAAAUUAAAUUUGCUCGUUAUUUGGGGCAAGGACUACCAACCUUUACGCUUUUUUGCAUUUAUAGUAAUUUCAAAAAUCUUUUCUGCACCAAACGAACAGAAAUAUACACAAAAGAUGGUUACAAUCUGCCUUAUAUACUGGACAAAACGAAACGAUUCCUAUCGAAUACUACAGCAGGUAAUGCUUCGAGUAAAAGCAAUCCAUGCGUGCCACAAUCACAACCGUUACAACCACAACCGCUGCAAUCACAACCGUUACAACCACAACCGCUACAAUCACAACCGUUACAACCACAACCGCUACAAUCACAGUCAUUACAAUCACAACCGUUACAGCCGCAACCUUUACAAUCACAAUUUCCAAAAACACCACAAACACAAUCACAUCCACAGUUACUGUUACAAGCACCUCCUCCACAACUUCCACCGGGUCACUUCCAUCAGCUGCAACAACAACAACACCAGCAACCUUUACACAUCCCGAUGUCAAUGUCAAGAGGUUUAUCCAAAUGAUUUUGAUAUUAACAUUUAUGUAAUUCGUAAUCGCAUAAGUUGGAAAAUUAGUUAAUCAAAACCAUAGCAGCGUUAAAUCUGUAAAAUAUGAAUUAGAAAAUAUGUAUUAUAUAAUAUAUGUAUUACGUUAUUUCCAAUUUUAUUUUAUUAUUUUUCCAAGCUAAAAUCUUCCUUCAAAUGUGCACGUAGGUUAAGUACUGGGUGGUCCAUCUAGCGUUUAGUAUUUGAACUAUCGAUUUUUUGACUUUGACAGCUAAAAUAAUAUCCGUGAUGGGUCGUAAAUUUAGUUAAUGGUUAGGCUUUUACAAAAUCUAGAAACGAUUACGAAAAAACCACAGACCCAAACAAUAAACAAACUUUAAGCGAAUAGUUUCAUAGCAGUUUCGUAGAUUUUAUUUGUUAAAAAUCUUUAAAAUAAUUGAAAACAUCGAAGCACUUCACUUUAUGUCUGGACAAAAAUAUUGGACAUUUGACAACAACGCGUAGUAUUUCGGCCGGUAUUUUCCGCCAUUCUUCUAGAAUAACAGCUUUUAGUCGAUUUUGGAUGUUAUAUAUUAGUAUACUUUCCUUUUUCUCAAGCUCGUCCCAUAAGUCCUCGAUUGAGUUAAGGUCAAGCGAUUGGGGAUGCGUUUUUAUUUGCGGAACGACUUAUAAUAUCCAAAGUCGCACUUUUUCGGCGGCGUGUUUCGGAUCAUUGUCGUGAUGCAAAUAUAAGUUAUUGCCUAAGCUCAAUUCUGUUGCACUUUUAUUUAAAUUUUUCUUCAAAAUAUUCAAGUAGUCUUCUUUUUUUAUUGUAUUUUAGUGGCUGCUAGAUCACUUUGGCAUAUUCUUGCAUUAUAAUCUGCUUUAUUCAGAAGCCUAUGUGAAUGAAAUGACCUCGAUGAUAUUUCUUUCCGAAAUGGUUGGUGUUUUUUUUUUUUUUUUUUGUUUGUGAGGAACUGGCUUUAUGCUCUUUUCCACAAAACUAAUAAUUCUUGUCGACAAGUGAAAGUUUGAAUGCUCUUCCGCUUUUUGGCGCCUCAAAACACUUUUACAUAUCUCCUUAAUGCUUUUUCAAUCUUUAAAAAAAUUUUCAAUAAUUUCGUUUUCUUCAGGAGUUGUAUUUUUACCCCCCAAUUUAUUCCAAAUUGCCGAAUAUUUUUGACCAACCAAAAAUCGCAAAGUUUUAAUGUUUCGAAUUAUUUAAAAUUUAAUUUGAAUAAUUUUCUCUAUUAAUAUUCAAUGACGUCUUCCCUACUAUAUGGUUUCUCAUUCAGUUUUAAAGGAAAUCAUUUUAUUAUGUUAUAUUCCCAUAUUCCACGCUUUUGUGUUCGUAUGAUGUGAAACUUUUAAUCCUUUUUUAAACUUUUGUUCAGCACUGUAAGUGCCAAAACUCGCAAAAACGUGCCGAAAAACGAAUUUAACAGAAUGGGCUACGCUGCAAGGUUUACUAUUUUUAAUAAAAAAAUAUAUAUUAGGUGCGCAACUAAGUUCUCGUUGUUUUUUUUUUUAUGAAAAUACAACUUUAUUCUGAAAAAAUGGUUACAAGUGAAUCAUUGAAAGUAUUGCCCAUUUCAUUCCGUUUUUCAUCACCUGUCACGAUGCGAUAAAGAAAAGCCUUCCUUUUUUGACGCUGGAGCAGUUGCUCACAGGCGAAAAAACGACGUUCAACAUCCCGUGGUUUUAACUCAUAAGGAACCCAAGUCCCCUGUUUCUGAAUCAUUCCUAAAGCACACAAUCGCGUGGAAAUGGAUUGGCGGGUAACUCCUAAUACUGAAGCAAGCUCUUCUUGCGUUUGACACGGAUCCUCAUUGAGCAAUUGCUCCAAUUCAGCGUCUUCGAAGGUUAUUGACCUUCCUUCACGCGGACGGUCGUCAACAUUAAAAUCACCGAGCGACGGAACCAAUCUCGGCACGUUGUUUCACUUAAAGCAGCAUCUCCAUAAACUUUUUGUAGCUCUCGAUGCGCUUUAGCCGCUGUUUUUUUCGAACGAAAGAGGAAAAUCAACACUUCUCGCAAAUGACGAUUAUUCGGCACAAAAUCAGACAUUUUCACAAAACCAAAAGUAUAUGAUACCAAAACAAAAUCACUCAUGUGUGGAAGCAGUUUGUUUACCAUACGUCUAAGCUUGGUUUAUGACGUUUAGGUUAUGUUAGAAUCGACUAGCACACACUGCUGGCGGCAUCUAUUGACCUUAGUUGGGGAAACUUAGUUGCGAACCUAAUAUUGUAUGCAUCUUUUAUUUACAACCGAAUUAAAUUAAAUUUCGUACGUUAGCUGGGCCACUCUGUAUAUGGACAAAAAAUCAAACUUAACUAUAUUAUUCUGUGACUUUUCCUCAGUAAUUGAACAAAAUUAAAAUAAAAUUAAUUUUACAAUACUCCUUGAAGAAUUAGAACUUUAACUAUACUUUUACAUAUUUUUCUACAUAAAGUUAAAUACAUACUACAUCCAUACACACAUAAUAUACUAUAUAUAAACAUAUAUAUAUGCCAUGUUAUUCCGUUGAAAGAGAUUAUUUAAAUUUACUUAGCUAUAAAAUGUAUAGUCCGUGUAAGCACUUGCAUUUUUACAUAAGUACACAUGUUUUAUGUAAGUUUUCAACUGCAUGUUCAUAUCUAUAUAUUAUACAUGCAUAUACAAAUAACAUGCUAAAUGUGUGUCCUAAAAUGAUUAUUCUUAUGUGUUUAGAAUUCAUGUGUUUUUUGUUUUUGUAAAAUGUAUUAGCAA